AACACGAGCCGGCGGAGCCCAAGGCCGCAGGCCCGUCGCACGAGGUGGUGGAGCACAGGGUCGCCGAGACGGCACAGGCGCCGAUCCCAGCCCCUGUCGCGCAGCAGGUCUUCGUCGUCGCGGACCCAUCAUCUGCGAAAGCAGCAGCAGCAACAGCAUCCAACGGCGAGGAUCCCACCACCACCACCGCCGCCGCCGCCGCCACGGCUUCGAAGCCAGCGGACAUGUUCGAGGAGGCGCGCCGCAAGAUGCUGCUGUUCGGCGGCGGCGAGCAGGAGGAGAAGAUACCCGUGUUCCCGACGGAGCCCGACAUGAGCGACGCGGCGGCGGCGGCGGAGGCGGCGCGGCGCAGGCAGAGGGAGGACGAGAUGCCGCAGAUGAGCGCGACGUCGUACCCGGGGCAGGAGUGGAACCCUUAUGAGCACUGGGCUGAUGAUGGAGGGGAGGAGUGAGUGAGUGAGUGAUGGGUGGGCGGUUGGUUGUAAUGUGGAGGGGAGGAAGGGUUGUGGUAGUACUAUUCUUGACUGUGUCUUUCCUUAAUCUGUCUUUUUGUUUUGCAUCUGUCUGUCCUUUCUCCAUCACCGCCGGCCCCCUUUUCUUGGUUUUUUUUUUUUUUUUUUUUUUUUUUU